UGUGGUGCCUCCUUCUUCCUUUACACUGAAAUGUGAACUUUACUCUGACUUUACCUAAAAACAAUUUGCGUUUCCUUGGCUGCAAUCUUUGGUUUUUGUUUAUCCUUCGUUGCUCUUUUGCUGUCAUCAUCCCAGCGUCGCGACUUUGUUCUCGAGGUGUGAUGCAGUCUUGGAAAUCUCCACUUAUUGCUCAGUAAUGAUGGCACUGGACCAACGCUUUGGCGAGGUUGUGAAGGAACGCUUCGAAAUUAGAGGCAAGACUUCCCAAAGUUCCCCAAGUUCAAGUGUAACUACUCCCACCACCUCCAACACUUCCUCUUCCAUAAAUUCGCUCACUGCGAAUGUAAGUCCAGCGACACCGGCCAAAGUUUCCUACAUAAUUGAGCUACCUCAACCGCUUCCACCGCCGCCCUCUACGAGGCGGUUUUCAACCAGAAACACUUUGGGCAGACGAUCUUCCUCCCCGUGCUCAGUUGGUACAAAUUUACCGUUAUUUACAAAUUCUCCAAAUGCUCAACCAAUUGUGGAAAAAGCGUCAACUCCAACAGCGAGUCUGUUGUCUCUCAGCGCACAAAGAUUAUGGGCAGAAAAUUUACCUCAGAGAAGUGAGCAGAUGACGCCCAGAGGUGUCGGUGGCAACGAGGUAGAAGAAAGAAGCUCCCCAAAAUAUCAUUUCAGUCACCAGUCUCCAGUUAUAAAGGUUUUAGGUAAAUCACUUAGAACGAGUAAUUUUAUUAAUGAUUCGGCCCCAAAAAUCACUUUAUCUCCAACUUCAAGAAAUAAGUAUUUUAUAUCUAAGCCGCAAGAAAAUUCAAAGAUUAAAAUAAAUCAGCAUGCGCAGACUACCAUAAAGCUAGAUCCGCCUCCUCGGAAAUCAAAAUCUCAAAGUCCAGCUCGCAACAGAGUUUCUAAUGGUCACACUUCCACAAUUCAAGUCGCUCACACGCCCAUCCACGUCUCAAAGUCUGCUCCUCCAAGGAAAGCACAAGACUCAAAAAAUGCUUCUAGCAAGUCUCCAAUUCAAACGACAACUUUAUUGAAUGGCUUCGCGUCAACUCCACCAACUCCAACGGUUACAAUUACGCCAACUUCCAGCCCUCCAAGACAUCUUUUUGAAGAUUCAUUCUCUCAUUUCGCCCGAGAUAAUUGUGUUCGAAACGGAGCUUCUCAAGGACCUGGAAAUACUCGAGAGCAAUCGCAUCAAGAGGUGACGACUUGCAAUCGUCCGUCAAGUCCAAGCCGACAGUGUGGAAUCGGAGGAUUCGAAGGACGGAAACGUUCUUCCACAACCGAAAUCGAAAUAAUUCCACCCCUGCCACCGCCUCCGGCGAAAUCUCGCGUCGUUAAACUUCUAGAUAUCGGUGGCAGUUCCGAGGAGAAAACUAAUGAGGAUCAAUCCCGUGACAAAAUACUACCCGGUUCUGCCCUGCAACUUCCAGGGCCACCAGAUUUGAUUUACUCAGGAGCUUCUUCAUCAGACGGCACAGAUUCGCCUUUCAGAAUGCCUGCGACUCCGACCGAGGAUCUCGACAGUAGAUUACAUCCUGGAACACCGACCAAUUUGAUCUUAGUCGACCCUUACGAUUUGAGCGAUGAGGAACUACGAGAUUUCGCCAUGAAAUGGGGUUCCCCACACCACGCGCCGACCUCCCGAUCCAUGUUACUCGCCCUGCCACCCCCUGCCUGCCACAGACCUCGCGUCACUUCCUUGCCUGCAGCACAAACCGAGAACACAGAAGACGAGGAACACUACAGACUCAGACAUUUCUCGAUCAUCGGCAGGGGCAUCGUCAAUAGAGGAGACUCAAUCAAGACAAGAAGAUCAAAGUCCAACACGUGUGCUCUGGAUUCGCUCACCGUUGCUCCCAGGAUUCAGGACACAGCGCCCGCAGCAGAGCCGCGCACCAGCGCCCUCAGCCCCACUGCACCGCCCGCCAUCACGCUCUCCUGCGACGACGUCUCAAAAAUACACUGCCUAGAUGGACUCAUAAAACAAAUGAAUGAAGUCGGGCUAAGGAACCCCAAGUGGCGAGGCGCCUGGUCGAACCCUUGCUCCCUCAGAACCUCAGCUGCGUCGUCGGCAGCGUCAAGUCGUGCGUCGUCGACGUCUGAAUGCUGCGUCACGUUCAGGGUGGUGAUGCUGGGGGCGGCAGGCGUCGGUAAAACGUCCAUUUGUCGUCAGUUUAUGACGUCUGAACACAUCAACGCAUAUGAAACUUCCAUCGACGAUGAGGUAGGCGAGCAGAGCGUCUCCGUGUUGCUGGAUGGCGAGGAGUCAGAGAUGCAGUUCGUCGACCACCCUGCCGAUGAGAUGUCGGUCGAGAAUUACUUGAGCACCUACGAGCCGCACGCUAUUGUCGUGGUGUUCAGCGUUGUUGACGAAGGAAGCUUUUCGAGAGCCGAAGAAAUCCUUCAGUAUCUCUGGCAGACCGACUUCUGUGAGAAGAAAGGAGUCAUUUUAGUUGCUAACAAGACUGACCUUGUCCGCAGUCGCUGCAUUCUCACGAAAGAAGCGUCGACUCUGGCCGCCUCUUACGACUGUAAAUUCAUCGAAACAUCGUCGGCUCUGAACCAUCGCGUCGACGAGCUUCUCGUCGGGUUACUCAAGCAAAUACGUCUCAAGGCAGGCAACCUCAGCGCCAACUCGGAAUCUGCCAAGAAACGCCUGAACAGAAGAAAAUUCCGAGGCCGCAAGACUUCGGCAAGCGUAAAAGUUCGAAGCUUCCUCACCAAAGUCUGCGGCAAGGAGCCCAAAAGUAAAAGCUGUGAGAAUUUGCUGGUGCUUUAGCUCUGGCUUUCAUAUAACGACUUUACAAAUAACUAUGAUAUAAAUUUUUUUAUUGGUAGUAGCGACUGUGGGUAUGUUUCACCAGUGUUUAUAAAUUAUGUUAUAGAAGAAACAGAUUUCAAUUAGUAUUUUCUACAGCAUUUCAGUGUGCGCUAGGCAUGUACACUGAAUUGCGAUUACAUAUCUUUUCCAUUUCUUUAGAUAUUCUUUUAGUUAUCACUUUUCUCAUUAAAAUAUUAAAUUUUGAAAUUUAUUCAGUAUUUUUGUUCUAGGAGAGCCUUUGAAAUGUCAAUUUUGAAGAUGUUGGCUCCGUCCUUUACCACCUUAUUAUGAAGUAGAAACUACGGUUUAAAAAAAAAUCAAUUUUAUUUUCACUUUAUUUAAAAAAUCAAAGUUAGAAGAAGUACACAUUGAUUUUCUAAUCCAUCAUGGGACAUGAAUGUGAUUAUGUUCUUAUUUAAUUUCUCUUAUGUUCAUUUCGAAUAAUAAGUGCAUCAAUACUCGCCUACUGUCAACAUAUCGCAUCCUCAUAGCUCUCAGUAGUGUAUUGCCUAAGCCACUUUAGGCCUUGCAGUUUUUAUAAGAAGCCUUUGAUAGAAAUUUAGAUGCCGCAGAUGUUGAAAGGCAGCGUCGAUGAUAAGAGUUAACUUCCUUUAAGAUAUUCAUCAUUUAUUAUGCUUCUGUUAUAUUAAUUUACGCCUCAAAAAAGUAGAAUUUUUCUACUGGGCAAAAUACAAUCUCCUAAUUUUGAGAAUUUAUUUAAUUUCUUAUCCUAUAUUGUCCAGAACCCAAUUUGUUAUCAAUAUUAUUAUUGGCGUAAUUCUUGCGAUAACAUAAAAAAAUGUAAUCCUAACUUUUCCGGUCAUCGUUCGCAAUAUUUUAAGGCGGAUCAACCCCAAUUAUUAGAGUAUGCAUUUUGUGGCGAGAUUUACCUGCGAAAAGGAAUGAAUCACAGCCGAGAGCUCAAUAAAAUAGAAAAUCUCAAUUCUAAUUUUUUCGUUUCACUUCUCAUGCUAACUGAAGGUCACAAAAUCAGAGACUGAAAUCAAAAUGUUGGUAAAAAGCAUUUAUACCAAAUGACUAAUGUUUCUUCUGUAAAACUAAGAAACGUAAAUUCUUAAAAGUACAUAAUAUACCAUGUAAAAUAAUAUCUUUUUCAUUGAUUAAUUUAAAUUAUUUGUAAUAUAACCAAUCUAGAUUGAUAAUUGUAUUUAUUCGCUAAACCAACACUAAAGAAAGCUUAUUUCAGUUUAUAUGAAUUAUACACAAGUGAACCUGCCAAGAGCCAACUUUAAUAUUGCUACUAUCAGCAUACAAUUUUUCCUAAAAAUAUUCAGUUCAAUAUCGUAUGCAAUCUUCCAUCAUAAUUUUCGCUUUUUGGCAAUUGGGGGUGAAUAACUUCUGCAAUUUCUCAAUUUUAUUAACAUUAUUAUUGCGUAGUUUUAUGCAUUACAUCCGAUCAUUCAACAGCAAAACUUUUAAGCAAAUCCCUCACUAUUACAUGCAUGAAAAAUUCUUAUUCUGAUGUUGCAUGUGUUUUAUUCAAUUGCUAGUUUUAUUAUCAAUAUAUUUACACAUAUUACGGGUGAGUUUAUCUGUGUUUAAAAACCACCACUAAUUACGUGGAUUUGCCAUCUUUGCAUUGAUAUAUUUUUUAUGCAACUCUUUUCCUUAACCAUUGUCAUGUAAUCAAUGAUAAAAUCAAAUACUGAUCUCAAUCAUCGGGAAAUCUCAAAAAAUGCACAUGAAUGAGGAGGAACAAAAUAAUUAUAAUAUUUGGUCGAGUAGGUGAAUAUUUUUCUGUCGAAAAAUUUUUCAGCGCAAAGGAAAUAAUCAAGUAUCUGCUUGAAUAUAAAAUUAAAAUCUUCUGCUUAUGAAAACUAAUUUUUGGUCAGGUACUCCUUAAUGAACGAUUAAAAUUCCGAAUUACAUGUGUACUUCUCGACUCGAAUUAAAAACGUAUUACAAUCGAAAAUU